CCGGGCUCAAAGGAGCCAAUCAGCUUCCUUGUAGGGAAGAUGCGAUGCAAAACAUGCUCCUCCCCUUUUGUUUUGAGCCCCAGAGUUGCCUUUGGGGAGCAGCAGGGAGAAGCCCCAGUUAUAACCCCAGGUCACCCAUUCCGUAAAAUAGAUGUCUGUGUUAUUUCGCCGCCUCCAGUCCUCCUACUGUUGGCAUAAAAAAGGGGCAGCAGCUCCUUUGAAGCUUCUUAGAAGCGGAGACAGUCCACAGAGCCAAGAUGGAGGAGCAAAUGUUCCCUGGUCAUGAAGCAGAAAGAAGAGGAGGUGGUGACACUCUGUGGGUUAGAAGAGUGCAGAGAAACCCUAGCAAGGACCCUGGCAGCUCAGAGGUCCAGCGUCAGCACUUCAGAAAGUUCUGCUAUCAAGAGGCUGAGGGACCAAGGAAAGUUUGCAGCCAGCUCUAUGAUCUCUGCCACCAGUGGCUGAAGCCAGAAAGGCACAACAAGACACAGAUCCUGGACCUGGUGCUCCUGGAGCAGUUCCUGGCUGUCCUUCCCCCAGAGAUGGAGAGCUGGGUGAGAGAGUGUGGAGCAGAGACUAGUUCCCAGGCUGUGGCCCUGGCAGAAGGUUUCCUCCUGAGCCAGGCAGAGGAGAAGAAGAAGCAGGAGGAGGAGAAGGAGGCUGUAAUGCUAGGUAAAAUGGCUGCUGAGGUCCCUCAGGAAGAGAAGACCCCCCUGGGCACCAGACCAAAGGAACCAUUCAGGUGGAUUGUGCAGACGGAUAAAGGAGCCACCACCUUGUUGGGUAGUGAAAAGGUCCUGGUUCUUCCUUCCAUGCACUUUCCUGUUGGAAUUGAAACCUCUGCAGUCCAGCCAGAUCAGGGUCUGGUGACCUUUGAAGAGGUGGCUGUGUGUUUCACAGAGGAGGAAUGGGUGCUGCUGGAUGCAGGCCAGAGAGCAUUACACAAGGAAGUCAUGGAGGAGAAUCGUGGGAUUGUGGCCUCUCUAGGAGAUGGAAGGGACAGAAAUGAAGAGGAAACACAGUUGAAAACUGAAGUGAAACAAGCAUUGAUAAAAAAUUUCCAUAAAGAUGCAGAGUUCCAUGGAAUACCAGCACCGGGAGAGGGUCACACAGGAAAGGAAACCUCAGUGAGGAAGAAACCAUUCAAAUGUUCAGAGUGUGGAAAGGGUUUCAGUCAGCGCAGUACUUUGGCUGACCAUCACAGAAUUCACACAGGCGAGAAGCCAUAUAUAUGCUCAGAGUGUGGGAAGAGCUUCAGUCGGAGCCGUGCCCUUACUGAUCAUGAAAGAAUCCACACUGGGGAGAAACCAUAUAAAUGUUUAGUGUGUGGGAAGAGCUUUGCUCAGAGCAGUAACUUUGCUUACCAUAAAAAGACCCACACAGGGGAAAAACCAUUUGAAUGCUCAGAAUGUGGAGAAAGCUUCAGUCGCAGCCGUGCUCUUAUUGAUCAUCAAAGAAUCCACACGGGGGAGAAACCAUACAAAUGCGCAGAGUGUGGAAAGAGUUUCACCCAAAGCAGUACUCUUACCUAUCAUCAAAGAACCCACACAGGAGAGAAACCAUAUCAAUGUUCAGAGUGUGGAAAGAGCUUCUCUCAGAGCAGCAACCUUACGGCGCAUAAAAAAACCCAUGCAUUUAAACCUUUUAAAUGCUUAGAGUGUGGAAAGAACUUCCGUUCUAGUGAAAACUUUGCCUUUCACCUUGGAAUUCACACAGUGCGGGAGAGGAGGAAAAGUCCCCAACAUGUUUGGAGUGGUGGGAAUAUCUGGAAUGUGGAAGAGGUAUCAUGGGUUCAGCCACAAAAUGGCUGCAGUAGUGGGUUCAACCAGCCACAAAAUACCCCUUUCCCAGAAUGGAAAACUGUUGAGACUAAAGGACAAACUGCCCAAGAACCUGACAGCAAGGGAGUUGUUGGAUCUGAACCAGUGGCCACCAAGUUUAACCACCCAGUCUUCUAUGAAGAACCUAAAGAAAUCCUACUUUUGGCUAUGGAGAACUGGGUGAGCGAGUGUGGAGUGGAGUCAAAUUCCCAGAUGUUGGCCACGGCGGAAGGUUUCCUGCUAGCCCCCAUGGAGGAAGAGAAGCAAGAAGACAGGCAGUCUUUCCUGCUCUUUCAAGUGACAAGCAUGCCAACCACAGCAGCCACUGAGAACCCUGAGGAAGAGAAUACUCCACUGGACACUGGACAGAAGACGCCAUUGAGAUGGAUUGUCCAGGAGAAGGCGGGAGGUGCCACCUCACUAGCCAGAUGCUUCUCUGAUCCCAUUGCUCUCCAACAGCCAUUAAAUAAUUGUGGGAGGGAGCUGCAGCAGCUGAAUGGAGAUAGAAAGGAGGAGAAAAAAGAGGACAAGCAGGAAUAUGAAGAAAGACAUAACUUGAGAGAAAACUCUGUUGUCUGCAGAUUUUCAGAAUUCCAUGAAAACUCCAUGCUAGAAAAGUGUCAAGCAGAAAAGAAAGACAUAACAAGAACAUCUCAAAGAUUUUGCAAAAGAAAGAAGUCAUUUCAAUGCUCAGAGUGUGGAAAGAGCUUCAGUGAGAAGCGUACACUUAAUGUACAUCAUAAAAUCCACACUGGAGAGAAACCAUAUACAUGCUCAGAGUGUGGCAUGAGCUUCAAUCGGAGCAGUAACUUUGUUACUCAUCAAAGAACCCAUACAGGUGAAAAACCAUUUCAGUGCUCUGAAUGUGGAAAAAGCUUUAGCCGGAAACGUGCCCUUAUCGACCACCAAAGGAUCCACACUGGGGAAAAACCAUAUAAAUGUUCAGUGUGCGGAAAGAGCUUUAGUCGGAGCAAUAAUUUCACUACCCAUCAAAAAACCCACACAGAGGAAAAGCCAUUUGAAUGCUCAGAAUGUGGUGAAAGCUUCAGACGGAGUUGUACCCUUACUAAACAUCAAAGGAUCCACACUGGGGAGAAACCAUAUAAAUGCUUAGAGUGUGGGAAAACCUUCACUCAGAGCAGUACCCUUAUGUAUCAUCAGAGAACUCACACAGGAGAGAAACCUUACCAAUGCUUCGAGUGUGGCAAGAGGUUUGCUCAGAGUAGUAACCUUACUUACCAUAAAGAAACCCACACAUUUAAACCAUUUGAAUGUUCAGAGUGUGGAAAGAGCUUUGCUCACAGUAGUAGUCUGACUGAUCAUCAGAGAUCCCACACAUGCAAGAAACUAUUUAAAUGCUCAGUGUGUGGAAAGAACUUCCGUUCUAGUGAGAACUUUGGUUUCCACAUCAGAAUCCACACAGUGGAUGAAAGGACUUCCACUAAGAGUCCCCAAUGGAAGGCAUCUCAGAAUGACAGCAGGAGUAGGUAUAGUGAAUCACAAGGCACUCAUGUCCCAGAACAGCAAAAUGAGACUGCUGAAAAACAGUAUAGCCGAGAAUCUGAGCACAAGGCAGUGUCAAUGUCUGAGCCCGAAGACAUAAAACUAAUCUUUUGAAUCCACAGUUUUUUGUUCUAAGAGGCUAGUGAGUCAUCAAAUCAACUUUAAAGUUAAUUUAUUCCAACCAUUCUUCAGGUCACACACAAGAACUGUGCAAGCUGGAGUUGGUGCAAAGGGUAAAUAGGCAAACAAAAUGGAUAUACAGUUGCCCCUCUGUUUGCGCGGACUUCAGAUCCGCGACCCUUGCUUACUUGUGAGGAGCAAACAGAGGUAGUUAAAAUGGGGUGCAUGUCUAAGACUCGUCUGCAGCUGUUCGCGGGCACAGGCCCCCAUUCAACCUAUGGGGAUUGAAUAUGUGCAAGUUUCCAUUUUUGCGGGGUGGGUGGGUCCGGAACGGAUCCUCUGUGAAAACGGAGGGUUGACUGUAAUUUGUCUAAUAGGCAAAUUAACAACUUGUAUGGAUCACAUAAUGAGAAAAAAUUAUACAGAAAAAGUUAUGCAUCAGUCCAAAACAGAGGUUACAGUCCUGUUUCCUAUUAGCAGGAUUGCAUGAGCACUACAAAAUGAGGACGACGCUAAUAUGGCAACAAGUCAUACAGAUGUCCCAAAGUUAGAGUCCUCCAAUGUGGAAAACAAUUCAAACCAUUAAACAAGGCACUUUUCAGAGAAGGGCAAAUCAUCUUUAUAGACUGCACUGUUCCUAAUGGACUGUAAGUUCUCACAAAUGAAAGGAAAAUUAUCUACCCAGAUAACUGAAUUUAGUUUAAAAUUGAAUGGGAAGGUGAGACCAAGUGUCUUGAACCCGUGCAGAGCUUCAGAUUGAAAUGAAAAACAUUGAAAAUAGAGGCUGCUAUUUAAAUGUUACAAUUAGGGGUAUAGAAGUGGGAGUUGUGCCACCUUGUAGAUGUUACUGAACAGCAAAUCCCAGCAUUUCUUGCCACUGAAAAUACUGGCUAGUACUGUUCAGAACUGCAGUCCAGCAACAGUCUGAGGGCUGCACAGUUCCCAGCAUUGAUACAGAGGUAAAGAAGAAAGUGUCUCAAUAUGGAUCAUCUCAGGAUGCCAUAUUAAAAACAGAUAAAGUUACUGUUUCCCUGAGAUCAGCCAAAGCAUAUCCUGGAAAUACAAUAUUAGUUUGGGAAUUGAGGUCAGCAAAAUAAGCAAUUACAAAAUAGCUUUAAUAAAUCUAUUAUUUUAAAAAAGCGUAUUGUGUGCAUCUCUGACAAAGCUGCAAGACUCUCACACCUAUAAACCUGAAACUUGGUAUGGAUGCUAAGGGUCCUUAGGUGUAUUUUGACAUUUUAUUUUAAAAGUGGAUUAGUUGAUUAAAAUCUGCCUUCAUCUACUACAGUAGCAUAUACUGGGGGUACUUUCCAACUGCAGAAAAAAAGCAGUUUGACACCACUUUAACUUCCAUAGCUCAAUGUUUUGUUGUCUCCAUCAGUCACAUCAUC